AUGAACCUGUCUCAACCAGAGCGCCACACAUACCGCGUCUCUAACCAAGACUUCACCAUUGACCGCCGCUUCCAGAUUACCAAAGAGCUUGGCCAUGGUGCUUAUGGUAUUGUCUGUGCUGCCACUUACACCGGAACCCCGGACGGCGCUCCGGGCCCUGGCGUCGCCAUCAAAAAAGUAACAAACAUCUUUUCCAAGAAGAUUCUUUGCAAACGAGCCUUGCGCGAACUUAAGCUGCUCAACCACUUUCGUGGCCACAAAAAUAUCACAUGUCUUUAUGACAUGGAUAUUGUAACUCUGCCAAACUUCAAUGAGGUGUACCUUUACGAAGAACUCCUGGAAUGCGACAUGCACCAAAUUAUUCGCUCUCAGCAACCCCUAACUGAUGCCCAUUACCAGUCCUUCAUCUACCAAAUCCUCGCCGGACUAAAGUACAUCCACUCGGCAAACGUCCUCCACCGUGACCUUAAACCAGGAAAUCUGCUGGUUAAUUCGGACUGCGAGCUCAAGAUUUGCGACUUUGGUCUAGCCCGCGGUUACUCUACCGACCCCACCCGCAACGCUGGUUUUCUCACUGAGUAUGUUGCCACCCGCUGGUACCGUGCUCCUGAAAUCAUGCUGAGCUUCCAAUCCUAUACAAAGGCCAUUGAUGUUUGGUCGGUUGGGUGCAUUCUUGCCGAGCUUUUGGGUGGCAAGCCCAUUUUUAAAGGCCGUGACUAUGUCGACCAGCUUUGUCAAAUCCUCAACUAUUUAGGCACUCCUCCAGAGGAAACUCUUGCUCGCAUUGGCUCCCAGCGUGCUCAGGAAUAUGUACGCAAACUACCCUAUACGUCCAAAAUUCCCUUUUCUCAGCUCUACCCCCAGGCAAACCCCGAGGCUCUUGAUCUGCUUGAGCGCAUGCUUGCUUUCGACCCCACGGACCGAAUAACGGUUCAAGAGGCUCUCGAGCACCCCUACUUGCGUAUCUGGCAUGACCCUGCAGAUGAGCCUGAGUGUCCAAAGGAGUUUGACUUUUCGUUUGAGGAGGUGGACGAUAUGGAGGCCAUGCGUCAAAUGAUUUUGGAUGAGGUUGUGAAUUUCAGAGCAAUGGUUCGCCGGCCUCCUGAGCAACAACAGCAGUUGCACAUUGAUGUUCAUCAAGCUUCUCAGCAGCAGCAACAACAACAACAACAACAGCAGCAGCAGCAACCACAACCGCAAACACAACCGCAAACACAACAAGUCACCCAACAACAACAGCCCACUCAACAAAUGUUUUCUGGACAAUUCACAGACAAUAGUCUAGCUAUUCAACAGCAACUACAACAACAACACGCACAAAUUCAACAGCAACAACAACAACAACAACAACAGCAACAACAAUUGCAACAAGCCCAGAUUCAACAACAAUACCAACAACAACAACAAUUACAACAACAAAAUGCAGCAGCUGCUGCUGCAGCUGCAGUAGCAGCAGUCAAUAAUAAGCGGGAUUCGAUUGGGAUUCCCUCAGAUCAAUUUCGGUACACAGACCUGCCUCCUCGACCACAGGAAAAUAUCAAUGAUGGCGAGGUAAUUGAUGCACUGGAGCGUGAUUUGGAGUUUGGGCUUGAUGGUCGAUGA